UGACGUCACUCAGACGUUGGUCUUUUCAAUAGGACCCAUCCGUAACUGGAGCAUGUUAGCUUUGACUUUACCUGCUCCAAUGAGCAAUGAUUAGGGGAUAAAUUGAUGUUUGCAGAGGCUGUUUGUGGAUCGUUUUGGAGACUUUAGCGUGAUUUGGAUAUUUAGCGGCUGUCAGCUGAGUGAACAUGUGGAGUUCAGGCCGCCGUGUCCUUCAGGAGCUGCUCAGUCAGCCUGCUGUCAGGAGCUUCUCUGUGACUCCUGCGCAGAACACAGUUAUUGUGGAGCGCUGGUGGCAGGUCCCCUUGUCUAAAGUAGGCAGCCCGCCGAGGCUUCACCCUCGAAGACACAGAAUCUACAAGCUAGUUGAAAACACCAACCACGCUGCCAAGGAGAAGAUGGAGCUCAUCCUAACCCAGACUGUACCAAAGCUCGGUGGACGAGGAGAUACUGUGUUUGUCAAAAAGUCUGUUGGCAGAAAUAAGCUGCUGGCCCAAGGCCUCGCAGUGUAUCCAUCACCAGACAACAAACAGAUGUUUGCUGAGGAGUUAAGACUUUUGCGCGAAGGGAAACCAGAGGAAAGAAUCCAAACCCGCACUGGACAACUGACAGUGGAGUUCCUUAAACGUUCCAAGCUUAAUAUCAACAAAAUGCCUUCUGAUGAAUUCAAGCUCACUAAAGAAGUCGUCUGCAGGCAGCUUCUCAAGAAGUUGGGAGUUGUUGUGCCACCUCAUGCGUUGAAACUUCCAUUUGAGCCAAUCACGGACUUGGGUGACUACUGGUGUGAAGUUACGGUUAAUGGAAUGGACACAGUUCGCGUCCCCAUGUCAUUGGUGCCAUAUGAAGACCCCUCUGCAAGUUAUCAGCGGCAGUUGAAAGCACAAAGGCGGCAGCAGGCGGCCGCAGAUGUUUCAGAACCUGCUGAGGAGGACGAAGCUGUUGUGAAGGCAGUUUCUGAGGUGGCAGCGGAAGCCGAGGCCGGUAUAGACUCUGUGAGUCAAGUAAGUGAAGCUUCAGCCUCAGCAGGAGCCUCUAAAGCUGAGCAAACAACAACAGCAGCAGCAGCAACUACAGAGACGGGUCCAGACACAACAGCACCACCAAGUGACAGCCCGAAGAAAGAUUAAUGAAGACGUCCAUACAAGUACAGUGGGUUGUGUUUACCUGCAAUACACAUUUUACAUGCAUAAGAACAGUCGUCAGUGUGAUUAUUAAAAUGCUUUGCUUUUUUUUAUUGUGUUUUAGCAAGUAAACACAAUCCCUGUCUGUCAUUUUGUGACCAGUGUGUCAUUCUGGUGGUCGUGGUCAUUAUAAUUAUGUAUCUAGUCAUAAGAACAUAUUAAAACUUAAGUUUGAUCCAGUUUUGGGGCCACUGUGCAGUAAUUAGUAUUGUGGAAAAUAAAAGGUUAUUUGUUGCCUUUCA